UCUUCGAGCAGACUUCAUUCAUCGGGCUUCUCUCGAGAUCUUCAUACCAAAGAUCUACACGACUGCUGAAGAGAGUAAUAUUUAUUUCUGAGAACGUAACAAGUAAAAGAUUUAUUUCUAAGCGCUUGAAAAGUUUCGACUGUUUCAUUUUUUAAACAGAAAGUUUCUCUUGCAGUUAAAGGUUCCAAAGAGACAGAUAACUCCAAGAUGCAUCCCUUCAAGAUCGUACUUUUAGUUGCGUUGGCAAUUGCAAAUAUCAAGACCAGCUCUGCGAACAUCGCCUGCGAUCAGACCGCUGAUAUUGUGUUCCUCGUGGACACGUCCUCCUCCAUCUACCCCGGAGAUUUCAAUCUACACGUUAAAAAGUUCAUCAAUGACGUCGUUGGCUCCUUCAACGUUGGUCCCGGACCACUAGACACCCGUGUGGGCAUGGUACUCUUUAGUACUCGUGCUCACCUGCAGUUCUACCUGCGCAGUUACAAGACCGCAGAGCAAGUGCAGGCUGCAGUGAACAGGACCCGCUUCCGUGGCGGCGACACUUACACGCACAAAGCCCUCGCCUUCACGUCUCGCAUCAUGCUGAAGGAAUACUACGGAGCCAGGGAGGACGUCUCCAAGCUGGUCGUGGUCCUCACGGACGGCAAGUCCAUCGACGAGAAGAGAACUCUACAGGAGGCUCAGAAGCUCAAAGAUGCAGGUGUGGAGAUUUUUGCAGUUGGUGUUGGGGAGGCUACUGACUUCAACGAGCUCAGUUCAAUGGCGUCAAGUCCGAGUGACCAGUUCGCUUUUCGAGUCACAGACUUCAAAGCUCUGGACUCCAUCAAGAAUAGCUUCACGAGAUCAACCUGCCAAGGUAGGUAUCAACGUCUCAAAGACAUACAUGUAGAUACACGUACCAAACAACUUUCAUUUUGCAUCUUUUCAGGCUGCAAGGGAAAGCCAGCAGAUAUUUACUUCCUGUUGGACGCAUCCAGCUCUGUGUACGUCGUGCACUUCCAGGAUCGGGUGUUGCCUUUUGUUCGCGAUCUCGUCUCGUCCUUCAAGAUAUCCCCUCUACAUACAAGAGUCGGACUCGUCACAUUUUCGAACGAGGUUGACCAUGUGUUCGGACUCUCCUCUCACGCCGACCUCGACUCCCUCAAGAAAGCCAUCCAGCCAGACACUGUGGAGUACCUCACGGGUGGCACCAACACAGGGGACGCCAUCUCCUACGUCACCAAAACGGCGUUCCGCUCGGGCGAAGCGAGGAAGGGCGUGGCGCAGAUCAUCAUCACAGUCACUGACGGCCUCUCCCAGAGUCCAAGGAGAACCGCCAAAGCUGCGGCCGAGGCGAGGAAAGAGGGUAUCUACAUGUUCGCAGUGGGUAUCGGGAACUUCACUGACGACCAGGAGCUCAUGGACAUCUCCAGCAACCCGGAUGAAGACUUUGUUUUCAGUGUGGACGACUUCAACGCCUUGGGCUCCAUCACUAACCUGUUGGCUCAAAAGACCUGCAAGGCCGUUGCCAAGGGCGACAAAGAUGACAACGAGCCGAAACCUAAUGAUCAAGCCGAAUGCUCCAGCCAGCCAACAAACGUGGUGUUCACCUACAGUUACAUGAACUCCAUCUCCGCCUCGAGGACAAUCGUGCAGGACGUGAUCACCGAGUUCGUACGUGAUGUCCAGAUGCAGGCUCCUCACGUCAAGAUAGGCGUCGUCACCCAACCCUGUGUCAGCGGAACUGACUCCCUUGUGGCUGUCAGUCGCUUCCAGCGGGCCUUGGCUCAGAUCCGAUCCAACUACUACAUUGGUUACCCAGGCAUCAUCCGGAGACUGCGAGUGGAGGUCUUCAGUCGGGUCCCUCUGACGGACAACAGAAUCGCUGUGAUGUUUGUGGACGAGAACACCAAAAACCUUGACCUACUGCAAGAGGAAGUCCGCAAGAUGAAGUUCAAGAAUGUCAAGGUUAUUGUGGUGGCUGUUGGGAAGCUCGAUAACAGCGUGCUGAAAAGUCUGGCCUCAUUCCAUCACAGCGUGAAUGUAUUCCACGUCGACAGCUAUGACACUCUCAAGGAACAGAAGCUGAACCUUUUGGGCAGUAUCUGCAAGCAACAGAAAGUAGACUCUUCGUCGUCCUCAUCAAAUUCUGGAGCUUCCACCAUCGUGAAAGUGGAAAAUCAUACCAACAUCUAUCCUUCAUACGUUCACGGCAAGAUUUACGGCACUGGCUCAAAUGGAAAAGGACCCGGAAAGAACUCCGAUGACAAACCAAGAGAUGACAAGAAAGAGUCAGUCGAAUCAACGACAGCGUGGAAUUUUUUUCCACAGCCUAACUAAUUAAUUUGGUGUCGUCUUUCAUUUUCCAAAUGCCAUCUUUACAACUUAUGAUCUCAUGUACAUGUCUCUGUCAAUGCAAAAAGGCAGCUGGUCUGUCGGAUAUAUUACAUAAUAUGUUGUACGACUAUGCAUGUGUAUAAGUGAUCUGAAAGAGAGCAGUGUGUGCGCCAAGUAUGUUUUACGUGUAUACAAUACAUCAUCUCUCAAUAAUAAUUAUAUGAAUAUCAGCAGAAACCAAAGAGGAAAUCAUGAAUUAAGAAUAUGGCUUAUAGGCUUGGCAGGAGAAGAUGCGAUUGCAAGAGAGAACGAAUGACAUCUGAUUGGGGAAAGGGGCGGGAGGGAGGGGAGAGAGAGAGAAA